GUUGAAAAAACUGCACUUAGUUUAUUUUUAGUCUUUCUAAUCAAAACUUGAUCUGAGGACAAAAGAUAACAAACUAAAAUAAAACAAAGGCGUUAGAACGUGUAACCUGAGAAUUCUUGUGGCGCUUUUAUGUAAACAAAUGUGUCCUUUUGGUGUUCGAAAUAGAACGUUGAAUGAACUUUAGAAUUUUUGUUUUUAAAACCUGACUUGAGUGACUGACUGACGUGUUCUAAUUCAUUUAGCAGUUUUAAGAUUAGAAAAGCUCUUGUAAAAACUCGACACAGAGGCGCCUCAGUCGGAAGACCGACCCUUAAACACCUUCCGCUUCGAUAAUAAAUGGAUCCCUUCAUUCCUCCUGUGUACGGGCUCGAGCGCUGCUGAGUAAGCGCUGAAACAUUCUCACGUGCGCUCCAGGACAAGUCCCCACUCGCUUGUGCGCGCUCCCACAAAACCGCAGGAGAAGCUGCAGACGAGACCAGAAGGGGAGGAGGGAGCUCCGGGGUAGGGAAAAAAAACAGGUUUUAAACAAAAGAACAGCACUGGGUCUUUUUAGGGUCUCGGUGGGAUUGAAUACAGUAACCAUACGACAGCAGGUCAGUUGUCACCGGAAUUUAUGCCACUCGGUAACUAUGGAGUAGUGAGAGGCAUUUUCCGGGAGGGUAGAAAAGAAAAAACUGUUACAUUGUUGCGCUCGCGAAAAGCACACACGCAGCCGACUCACGCUGUCCCAGGGAACUUAGUGAUAUCCCUCCGCACAUUCCACAGCCUAAAGGCACGGCACGACCAAUUAGGCCUUAGGGUUGGAAAAACGACACAGAAAAUAUGUAAGGUCUUCGAACCAUUUGCAUGUUUACAGGUUUCCGUUUUUUAAACGCUUUGUUUAAAAGUCGAAUUAAAUUGAUUUUUCGUCACGUGUUGCCACAUUACGUGUAAUAAAACACAAGGUGUUAUAAACAAAAGAGAGAUGGUUUGAUUCAUGACUGCAUUCUACUUUCGUUUGAGUUUAUUGUCUUAUUUACAGACAGUUGACUCGUAUAUAUUUAAGAAUUAAACCACUCAUUCUGAGCCAUAAAAUGCUUAUUUGUCUUUUUGUUUUAGUCAUUUGAUAAAUGUGUGCGAUUAUGUCAAGGUUGUUUGUGUAAGUCCAAACAGUAGGCUGAACCAAUGGGCACAGCCUGUUUAAGAAGUUGGGCGCUAUUCAUGCGCGCUGCCCGGGGGAAAGGUGUUCCGGUCGGGAAAAAAAGCCACAGAGGAAGAAGAAAGGGGGAGGAAGGGAAAAAUUUGGAAAGAAAGAAGCUGUACGUUGAAUAUUUUAGCGCAGUUUUCCGGCGUGGAGUGCGCAGUCUGUGUUUAUCUCUGCGAAUAUGUUUUGGUGAGCGCUAUGAGAACUUCCUCCCUUCAACUCGCUGCAGCUGGUUUUGUAUUGUUACACGCCUUUGAAGACUUCCACUUCUGGGGAAUAAUGGUCAUUUUCUUUCAAUCUGGACUGGGCAAAGUGGAAAUCCUGCGGGACAACAGGAGGCUUUGAUCUGCCUUGUACUUUUUUUUUUUUUUUGCUGAGGAAUAAACGCUUUUGAGUUCCCGGAUACGGACGGCUCAUUUAUCUGUAACGUACUGAGAAACUUUUUUAAGUUGCUUUUUUGAAAGCCGCUAGUUGAGUCAGAAAGAGGGCCGUGGUGUAUCCCAUAACCUGUGUGUUUUACUCCGACACAAUCAAAGGAAACCGCGUUGGAAUUUCUUCAGUAUUCAGGCUCCUUUCUUUUUUUUUUUAAACAACCGGCAGCGACGUUUAUAUAAAUCCACAAAGAACCAAGUAGUAAUUAUAAGACUUGCAAGUGGUUCCGACAACAGUGGAGCAGUGUUGCGGAUGUGACUGCGAGACUCCAGCGUUUGAAUGGAUCGGUUCUGCGCGAGUCUGGGAGCGGAAUUCAAGACCCUUUGAAGCCUGACGGUAGUUUUCACACGUUCAUUUACUCACUGCUGAAGACAAGGCCACAAGUAGCUGCAAAAAGGAUCGCAAACAAAUGGAUGAACAUGUUCCUGUUCACACGCAUGUUGAGCAAAUUUAUCACAAGCAAACAGUUUGGAGACAAACCGUUUGUUUUCAAGUCUAACUAGUACGUCAUGUAGCCUGCGGAAAAUGUCAGUGUUUUUAUUUAUCUUCAAAGUCACAUAUUUAUUUUUGUAGAACAUCAGAAAGUAUUAUUUGUUUUGCUUUUUUAUUGUUAUUUUGUUAUAACCUUUGGAUGUCACGUAUCAUCUGCUGUUGAAACACUUGAAUGAUGCUUGUGCCCACACUGUAUUUCACUGUAUUUAUGUAGUACACUAUUUAAACUGUAGUUGUUUUCAGGUGGCAUCUAAGAGGAAUUCAAUUCGUACUUUAUAUUUUAUAUGAUAGUUGAUCGUACAUUUAAAAACACAAUGGAACGUUUUGGCAGCAAACUGAAGCAAAAGCUCAAACUGAGUGACUCUGGAAGUGUCAAAUUCAGCAAAAAGAAAAAUGACUUGGCCAAUGCAAAUAACAACAGUAACAAUGCUAAUAAUGGGACCUUGGCCCAGAUCAGUGCACCCGUGAGCACCUCUCAGUUCCCGCUCUCCUCUUCCUCCUCUGUAGAGGUGUGCGGCCAGUCAGCAGGAAGACCUGGCAAAGUGGCCGCUUCUCAGAGAAUUGCACCCUCGAAUACCACCUCAGCUACCGUACCUGAGGAUUGCGGGCCUGGGAUCGAACAUCACCCGUCUACUCUCGCCCCUCUGCGGCGUCGGUCGCCCCAUCAGCGAGCAUCAUGCUAUUUACCAGAAGUGGAACGGGGCAACUCGCCCAGAGGUGAAUGUGACCCACAAGGGGCGUACAGCCCGAAUUCUCGUGAAGCCUUGAAGCAGCGGCGUUAUUCUCUAGAGCUUCAGCAGCUCGUUCGCCGCCAGCAGCUUCUCGCCCAGCCUCCUCCGCUGUCGUCUGUACCACCUCCGUACCCGACCCACAGCUCGGCUGCCCGUUCAUCCACAGUGGAGCCCAGCUUCCUCCACGAAUUAGAGCGCCACAAGCGCUUGUCUCUGCAGGAAGCUCUGUUCUACAAGCGUUUGAGCUCGGGUGGUGAACCUUGGGACAUCGGGCGACCUGCUUCCCUCUCGCACCCCCCGCAGAGGACCCAUGACAGCAGCAUAGGAGGGUUCUUUUUCCCCCCUGCACCAGCGUUGAGCCCCUGCUCCUCUUUUAGCUUACAAGAGUCUGUGUUGGCAAGCCCUCGCUCCAGUUUUGCGAGCAGUACUGCUAGCGGAGGAGGCGGAGGUGGUGGGAGUCCCAUGGGAAGUCGGUGCAGCAGUAACCGGACCAGUGGCAUUAGUUUGGGCUACGACACCCGCCAUACACCUGUGCCCACCCAGCAGCUCCAGCUCUCCUCGACCCAAGUCGGUGGUGCCACCUUUGGUCAGGCGUACUCCAUACAGGUGUCCGGGAAAACAGGAGCGCCCCCAAUGGAGGUUUGGAGGGACUGUCUCGAAGGGGUGUCGGGAGUUGGAGGAAGUGCACAAGACAGCCGACACUCAUAUCCACCCGCGCUAAGCACAAACACUGUCACCUUCCACCGAGCAGAACCAGAAUGGGGUCCCACUGACCAGCGGGGAUCAAGAGGCGAUGGAGUGGGCGAGAGGGCAAGACACUCUGACUUGCUAGGAACCCGAUACCAGCAGGAGCUCACCCGCCUGCUAUUGAGAGAUGCUGCCCUGGAAGGAGAAGCUUUAUUUGGCGGCCUGACUUUAAAAGAACAGCCCUUGUCUGCCACCAUCCUAUCCAGCUCCCUAUCUACUCCAGCCCCAGGAGGAGCUCCAGGGACAUCCCUGGAAGAUCAGUUGGCCGGAAGGGAGUCAGUAUCAUCUGUGGAUCGACAAGAGUACUUCGGUACAUGUGUGAAGUGUAGUAAAGGUGUAUAUGGUGCAGAUAAUGCUUGCCAGGCUCUGGACAGUCUCUAUCACACCCGCUGCUUCACAUGCGUUUCCUGCGGGCGAACACUCCGCAACAAGGACUUUUACAACGUCAAUGGCUCGGUCUACUGUAAGGAGGAUUACAUGUUCUCAGGCUUCCAGGAGGCAGCUGAGAAGUGCAGUGUCUGUGGUCACCUCAUCCUGGAGCAGAUCCUGCAGGCUCUAGGGAACUCCUAUCACCCUGGAUGUUUCCGCUGUACAGUCUGCUCAAAGGCUUUGGACGGGGUGCCGUUCACAGUAGACUACCUCAACAAUGUCUACUGCGUCUCUGACUACAACAGGCAAUUUGCUCCCAAAUGCGCUGCCUGUUUACAACCCAUCUUACCUGCUGAGGGCAGUGAGGAGAUCCUCAGGGUGGUGUCGAUGAACAAAGAUUAUCACUUUGAGUGUUAUCACUGUGAGGAGUGUGGGAAGCAGCUCUCCGAUGAGCCUGGAUCUCAGUGCUUCCCUCUGGAUUCCCAUCUCCUCUGCCACUCUUGCCACAUGAGCAGAGUGGGCGUCACACAUAACCUUCCCCCUCACAACACACACUGAAAUGAGAACUAAUGUCUCUCUCUUCUAUGCCAGCUGUAUUUUUUUAAGAUAUUGAGCGGGAAGAAAAUGUUUUCUCUUGAGACUUGAGGUCAUGAUACAUUUCAAAUGCAAAUCCCAGUCCUGAUAGACUACAUCACCCCUAGUGGCUGGGAAAUGCAGCAACUGAAUCCUGCUGAACAGAAUAUUUCUGAGUUUAAGAUUAUUUUUGCCUGCUAAUUUCAUUGCUAGAGGGAGUCGAAUGAUUACAGAACAGUUUUACUCCCAUAUCUGCUGUUUGCUGUAGAAAAACAAAACAAAACAAAAAACCAACAAGGGAUAUAUAUAUUUUUUUGCUUAACAUUUUUCUAUAUUUAAUAUCACUAGCAAAUAUUUUGCACUUAAACUUGUUUAACUAUUAAGAGAUUUGUAAAAGUGAUUACAAAGAGAUUAAAAACAUUCCUGUAUCAGUUUUAAUAAAUCUUUUCAUGUAUGAA